AUGGGAGACGCGAUCAAGGAGCGCACCGCCAGGCUGCUGAUGGACUACCUGGAGUACUGCGCCCGGAUACAGGAGACCAACCUGCACUACUUGUCCCAAUACCGCGGCUUCCGCGGGAACCGCGUCGCGCUGGUGGCCUGGAUGGCGCAGGAGCUACUCGCCAACAACCGUGGUGGCCCCAGCUGGGGCCGCGUGGCAGCGCUCGUGACCUUCGCGGGGACGCUGCUGGAGAGGCCGCCGCCAGGGGCCCGUAGGCGGAAGAAGACGGAGAAUGAAGACGUUAGCAGGGACUGCCGGUUCCUGGUGGCCUUGCUGUGUGCUCAGCUCUCCGGACGGCAAGGAUGGAUUUUGUCUUUUCUUCCAAUGCUCAUUGCAGCCAUCUUGGGAAAGACAGCUGGUCUGGGUUUUUCUCUCAUACUGUACAGCAAUGAUCUUAAUCUACUUCUGUUCAAAAUUAUCGUGAGUUCUAAAAUUCUUAACUCAUUUCUACCUGCCUGA